CAGGCACGAACACUUUAGAAAGAAUUGGAGAGAAGAGAGAGAAAGAGGAGAGAGAAAGAGAGAAGAUUCACUCCAUUUCAAUGGCGGUUAGGGUUUUGAAUUGAUCCCAAUUUUAUACCCAAAAAACCUCAAAUACUUCAUAUUCAAUCUCUUCCUCUCUUUCCCCCUUUUUUUAGCUACUCAAAAACCCUAAUUUCAAUCGUUCUCCGGUAAACAGCAGGCUCAGUGAAGUUUGUGCUCUAGAAGUUUCUAUGGGUGCUCAAGAGAAGUCAUCAAACUCUAAUAAUCCGAUGAAGUGCAACCCAUUUUCUGACAUCGAAAAUCUAAUUCAAAGAUUAUCAUGCAGCAUAUAGGAGAUCAUCAGUUGCUUGCCCUUGGUUCUGAUAUGCAGUCAAACAACAAAGAUCUGCUUCACUUGGAGGCUGAAGGCUUGUCUUUGGAAUCAAAACUUCUCUUUUGCCCUAGCGAUGGUGGAUCUCAAUCCCUAAAUUUGAAACCUGAACUUUUUGAUAAGAAGCCCGAAAUUUCUUCUGUACCCAGAAGCCAAGUUCUAACAAAGGUCAAGGAUUUUUUAGGAGUGUUUUUGGAAAAUACUAGAAAAGUGGAGCUUGAAGCUAAGAAGAAUCCAAAGAAAUAUGAUAUUGAAGCUCUUACCGGUGAAGAAUCUGAAUACAUAGAGAUGGACUUAAUGUUGGGUGUCACUGAACUUCACACACAGGAGGCUGUAUCAGCUGCUGAAUUUGCAAUGGCAAGUUACCAACCAGUAAUCGAUCUGGCUACCAAUAAUGAGACAGAAUCUGAAGAUAGUAGCGAUGAGGAUGACAUUCAGGAUAGUAGCACCAACAAAAGUGAUGAUGAUGGAGCUUCUUAUCUAGGAAAAGAAUCUAAGCUUACGGAAAAGGAUUCUCCUAAGAAAGCAUUGAAGAGGAAGCGACAGUCCGUAAAUCGAGCUAACAUAGUUGAGAUCUCUUAGCGCUAAGGACAUUAACUAGUUGUAGCUAUUUUGGGGGAGAAAUUCAGAAAAUAGUAAGUGUGUCUCUUUUCCAUGUUUCCUUUAAAACUUGUUUUAGUUCUACCCUUUUAAUUUCUUGAAAUGGUCGUUUUGUUUUACUAUCUAGUAGCACCACAUGGUGUUUCUUUUAAACAAAAAAAGAACAAAACAAAAACUAAGUUAAUCUUUUUUUUUUGGAAAAUGUAUAAGUUGGCUCAACUUGUAUUGUUGUUUAUAGGUGUGAGACCGUUGUACUUUGAUUAUCUUAUUUAUUUAUAGUAGUUAAUGCCGGAAAUGUUUGGAUUGA